GAAUCUUUUACACAUCUCCAUCCACAAGCACACAUUCGCGUUUAUUUUCUGAUUAUAUUUUAAUAGAAACCUUUACAACAAAAUGUCUAAGGCACAUCCUCCAGAGCUAAAGAAGUAUAUGGACAAGCGCAUGAUGCUCAAGCUAAAUGGCGGACGCGCUGUUACCGGCAUUUUGCGUGGAUUCGAUCCAUUCAUGAAUGUAGUGCUUGACGAAACCAUCGAAGAAUGCAAGGACAACACAAAAGGCAACAUCGGCAUGGUGGUCAUUCGCGGCAAUAGCAUCGUUAUGGUCGAAGCACUUGACCGGGUUUAACACUAGGAUUGGUUGCUGCUGGUGCUGAAUGAUCCAUAGAAAAUAAUUUAAAUGUAACAAAUAUUACAAAUUAGUCGUAAGUGUCAGAAAAACACUCACAAACUGCAAAUGAAACAGAAAUGCAUAAUAUGAAGAACGUGUAAUUUUGUAUGUAGUUCGUAUGCAUAUUCAUUUACAUUCUUUCUGAGUGAUAAUAAACCGUGGCGAGUUAAAUUAUUAAAAUGGAAUAAA